ACCUUCUUUUCUCAACUCUUUUUCUACUUUCUGGUCCUGAAGGCUCAACGCUACGUCACGCAACUCAAGUCCCAAAUCAACAGUUUGGAGGCAGAGCUGGAGGAGCAGCGCAUGCUCAAGCAGCGCGCGCUGGUGGAAAACGAGCAGCUGCGCAUGGAGCUGGAGGCGAACCGCCGCCGGAACGCAGAGCACGAGAGUUUACAGGGCACCUUCCUGGAGGCAGAGAGAAGGGCUCAAGCGACCGAGCAGCGAUACAACAAACUGAAGGAGAAACACACAGAGCUGGUGGCCAGCCAUGCUGAACUGCUCCGCAAGAGCGCAGACACUGUGAAGAUGCUGUCGGCCACCCAGCAGACUCAGGAGGAAGUGGAGAGGACGAAGCAGCAGCUCAGCUUCGAGGUGGAACGAGUCAAACAGGAGGCGGACAUGAAGAUGGAGGAGCAGAAAUUUGAGAUGGAGCGACUGAAGAGAGAGCUGGAAGAGAAAAUGGCAGAGGUGACACGGGUGAAGGCGACUCUGCAGAGCAGCGAGAUGACAUCGUUGGAAAUGAACAGCAGCAUGACGGCUCUGCAGGCGGAGAAGGAGCGCCUGAUGCGAUCUGUGAGGGAGAAGGAGGCAGAGCUGUCAUCUCUGCGGCAGGAGGCGCAGCUGCAGCAGUCGUCGCUUCAGCAGGAGCGGGAGAGGAGCAGCAGGGAGCUGGGAGAGCUGCAGGGCAAACUGAGGGAGAAGACCAGUGUGGAGGAACAGAUGAAGAAGAAGCUUUCGGAGGAGCAGUUUGCUCUGCUCCAAGGCACCAUAUCAGAAGCUGAGAACAUCAUCCAAGAUGCUGUUGCCAAGCUGGAUGAUCCUCUGCACAUACGCUGCACCAGCUCUCCAGAUUACCUCAUAAAUCGAGCGGAGGCCACGUUGAGCUCCAUCGACAAAAUGCAAAAGGGACAUGGAGAUUAUCUGCGCAACAUGGAGGACGCUGGCGGGCUGCUGAGGUCUCUGACCCAGUUCUCCCACUUGGCCGCGGACACGAUCGUCAACGGCAGCGCUACGGCACACAUGGCACCCACUGACCAAGCUGAUCGUCUGACGGAGAACUGCAGAGGCUGUGCCAUGCAGAGUCUGCAGUACCUGAAGGAGCUGAAAUCCAAGAACACCCUGCAGAGGGCCGAUCCAGCUUCUGUUCGACUGAUUGUGCAGAAGAUCCUGCACCUGGGUCAGGAGCUGCGGCCGAAAGGAAUGGACAUCCGUCAGGGCGAGCUGGGAGAUCUGGUGGAUAAGGAAAUGGCAGCAACAUCAGCAGCUAUUGAGGAGGCUGUACGCAGGAUUGAUGAAAUGAUGAAUCAGGCACGGAAAGACACAUCAGGGGUAAAACUGGAGGUCAAUGAAAG